AUGAGCGUGUGCGUCCUCGCCUUUUUGGUGUUAGGUAGUACACUACUCGACGUUUUGUUCCCCGGCACAUUCAGUCAGACAUUCUGGAUCGCUAUCAAAACUGUCCAAGGCGGUGGUGGAGGCUCCGUCGUCAGUCAAGACAUGGGCGUGUGUGUCCUGGUGCCGAUUGCCUUCUUGAUCCUCGGAUUCACGCUGCUCGACGUUCUGUUCCCAGACGCCUUCAGUCAGACCUUCUGGAUCAUCUUCAUGGUUCUCAUGGUCACUCCGAUUUGCCUGAUUCCGACGUUGAAGGAGAGUGCCGGCAUAGCUUUCGCUGGUUGUAUGGGCACUGGUAUCGCCGACGUUAUUGCCGUGUCCAUUCUUCAGUACAAUAUGCGCGGCCACCCGUCCAUACCCAAGCCGGACGUAUCGGUUCUCCAGGUUAUCACGUGCCUCGGUAAUCUCGCUCUAGCGUACGGUGCUGCGAUCGUGAUUCCAGACCUACAGCGCGAACACUCGCAACGUCAACGGACGCCCAUCUCCGGUAACAUCCUGUACUCAAUCGUGGACAACGCCAAUCCGAUGGGAGAAGCUCCUCUCGGCUUCAGUCCCAACCGUGGCGCUGUCGACCGCUCCAAUUGUGUUCGAUUCAACGAUGUGGAAAACAUUGAGGAGGAUCUGGAACUGCAGGAGAAACAUUCCUCCGUGCAAGUUUCGACGCUCCACGAGGAAGUCACAGAGGUGCAACUCCGUGAGUCUUACCGUGGAGUUAAGAACACGAUCCGUUAUAUCACUCUCCGCAUCACGAUCAUUGUGAUGAUGGACAUUGUCGCCAUUGCUGCGCAAAAUAAGUUCCUGGAUCUCGAGGACUUUACGGGCUCCACUGCUCACACUGUGAACUGUAUGAUUGUGCUGGUGCUGAUCUACCCGCGUGUAUUCUGGGGGGGGGGGGGUCUUGCAGGUUUCUACGUGAUGAUCCAUACUGGAAAGCAAUUAUUCACUCCUUCAGAGGACGAUACCGCGUUCCCGUAUUGCGACGCGGAAUAA